GUUUUGGGUACGCCAACAGAGAGGAGCUGGGGUCCAUUGUCUCCUAUCCAGAAGAAACCCACAUCUUCCAUGUCAGCAGUUCCUCAUCCUCACCCCUCCGGGACAUCUUCAAGAACUUCACCAUCGACAUCUGUAACAACCUAAACCACGUAGACGGGGAGCCUCCAAUGUGGACCAAAGAGUUCCAGUGUGGAGGCAACGAGUCUGCUCUGCUGGACUGUAGAAGCUCGGAUAGAAACACCUGCUCACCUGGAACAGCUGCUGGACUCAUCUGCUCAGAGCCUGUCAGGUUGGUGGGGGGGUUCAGUCGCUGUACUGGGACACUGCAGGUGAAGCGAGGAGAUUGGAGACCAGUGGACGUCUCUGAUUGGACCCUGAAGGAAGCAGCGGUGGCCUGUGGAGAGCUGGACUGUGGCUCUGCUGUUUCAACACGAAGAAGAAAAGAGUCCUCACGCAGAUCUGCAUGGAAGAUCAGUCAGACCUGUAUCAACUCUGGGUUCACCUUGAGAGAGUGUGUGACACCAGGCUCCUCCUCCUCCAUCAUGGAGAUCACCUGCUCAG